AUUAUUUCUCACCCCAAUUUGAAUAUCCGCUGUGGCCAUGAAGAGCCAUGCAGGUGUCAACGAGCCACACCAGGCUUGCACAAGGAGAGUUUGCUGGAAUCGGGUGUGAGGUCAUGGAGAGAGGAGCUUUGUCAUUAAAUGAUACCAGCGUCAUGAACAAGACUGAAGAAUUUGAUCCCUUUUGUGUUGAGCUGUUUGUGGGGCCGUUGGUUUGGGGCAUCCUCAGUGUACCCUGUGCAUGUGUGGGUCUUCCUGCCAGCUUGCGCCUUCUGUGGGCGCUCAUUCAGAGGCAGCGCAGAGGCUUGUCCAACGAUGUCUACAUGCUGAACCUCACCAUCAUGGACCUGAUAUUCAACAUCAUCUUAAUUCCGGGCGUCAUCAAUUACUUCGUCUGGCAAGACUAUGCCACUUGGAGAAUUACAGAUUUUUUCUACUGUCUCAGUUUAUCGGGCCGGCCGCUAUUUAUGGCCUGUAUUUGUGUAGACUCCUACAUUGCUGUAGUUCACCCAGUUGUAUACAUGAAAACGAAGCACUCCAAAUAUAGAUUAGUUGCCAGCGCAUUAGUGUGGAAUUUGACUUUGGCCUUUGGGGUGCUAUUUAUCCACAGUGUUGAGCCCCUGUUUUCCAUCACAACGCUGAUAUUUUUUACACUUUGUCUUACAACCAUCACUUUCUGUGAUGGUGCCAUCUUCCUUGCUCUGAGAAAGCCGGAUCCAUCUGGAAGGAGUGACGUCCACCCACAGAAGCAGAGAGCUCUGCAGACCAUCACCAACAGCCUGGUCAUGGCAUUAGUGUCCUACCUCCCUCCAAUGGUGGUGUUUGGGUUCGCCCACUUGAUACAGCAGGUUGUGCCUGUACAGAUGAUGUUUUGUACCAUUGUAGCGGUUGCGUACAUCGGGACCACAUUUGGGAGUGCUGCCUUGCCCCUUCUCUAUCUGGGUAAUCUGGGAAUAUUUAAGGAUCUGACAACACUGAGCUUUGGCUGUGUCAAAAGGGCUUAAAUCAUGCACACUUUGGCUGUGUCAA